AUGGUGCUUCCGACCUCUUUAUACAUGGCUGGUUUCGCCAUAGGCCCCAUUCUGUUUGGCCCUUUGAGUGAGCACUUCGGAAGGAAAUCAGUCCUUUCAAUCACUUACUCCAUAUACCUCAUCUUCACCAUGGCAUGUGCACUCGCACCCAAUUUCCCAGCACUUCUCAUCUUCCGAUUUUUCUGUGGACUAGGAGGCUCUGCACCAAAUGCCGUCUUGGGUGGUCUCUUUUCUGAUAUCUACGAGGACCCCCAUCAGCGUGGACUCGCGAUGUCCUGGUUCAUGUUUGCUACUACAUUCCCACCUCUCUUGGGUCCCAUCAUCUCCGGCUUCAUCUCGACCAUUACUUGGAGGUGGUCUUUCUGGGCUGGCCUUCUCAUCGCUGCUCCCGGAUUCCCGCUUCUCGUCACGAUGCCUGAAACGUACGUGCCAGUAUUGCGCGCGAAGCAUGGCAAGUCGCAUGGCGAAAAGGGCGCCACGGAGCCCAAAGAUCUGGCUCAAACUCCGCCAGAAGGCUCUUUCUUCGCUCAAAUGAGCGUCGUCCUCAGUCGCCCAUUCCUGAUGUUUAUCCACGAGCCGAUCGUGUUUUGCUGCUCGAUGUACCUUGCCCUUGUCUACGCCAUCUUGUACCUCUACUUCCAGGCUUAUCCCAUUGUCUUCCAAAAUCUAUACGGUCUAUCCGCCGGUAUUUCUGGACUAGGUUUCCUUCCAAUCCUCCCCGGCUCCGUCCUUGCAUUCCUCGCCUUCUUCCUCUACAGCUCGCAUCACAGCAAAGCUCUGAAAGCCGGAUUGGCCUGGGCCCAAUCAGAAGAGUACCGCCGCCUCCCCCUCGCCUGCAUCGGAGCUCCGACCAUUCCGAUAGCUCUCUUUUGGCUGGGCUGGUCUUCCAAGCUGUCCAUCCACCCAGUCAUGCCCAUGAUGUCAGGUGUUUUCUUCGGUUUCGGCUAUCUUUUGAUUUUCAUCGCGCUUAUCAAUUAUCUCACCGACGCCUACAAACAAUUUUCGGCUUCGGCUGCUGCCGCUGCUAGCACCUCGCGAUCUAUCUUCGCCGUGUUUUUGCCCAUGGCUACAAAUUCCAUGUAUGGUACUCUUGGUAUCAACUGGGCAAGCUCCUUGCUAGGCUUUUUCUCGAUAGGGAUGGCCAUCAUUCCUUUUGUGUUUAUCAAGAAGGGCGCCUGGAUUCGCGCAAACAGCAGAUUUGCGCAGAUGGCGCAAUAA